GAGAUGAUAUCGAAACCAGAAGUGAAGAUGAAGAAGGCAUGUUAAAUUCGGUUAGGGGAAUAAACGGAAUUAUUCGUGAUGAAGUAGAUUCGGGUAUUCCUUCUAAUCGCAUUGUUGUUGUGGUUACCUUCCACUUAGGCGCAAGAUCUAUAGG